AUGAAUCCUUACUCUACACGCGAUGAGAUCCAAAAUCUCGAUAAUAUGCUGAGCGAUUUUGCCCUAGGCUUGCCUGCACAUUUAAGAGAGGAGACAAAGAAUCUCCUAUCCCGUGCAUAUUCUUCCGGUCUGACAGGCUACAUCAAUCUGCAUACCCUGUGGCAUCAGUGCUACUGUGAUUUGUACCGCUUGAUGAUUCCCGGUAUUCGAGAGUCUGUCACGGAGGAAGUUCAACAACAAGUACCAGUCGAGUAUGCCAAUGAAUGUCGGCGACGCUGCCUGAGCCAUGCGAUGGGUAUUUGCAAACUCUGGUCAGAGACCCUUCGUGAAGGCGAUCUUUCCAGAAUAUCCGAUCAGUCAAUUGGCAUAUAUGCAUACCAAUGUGCCAAUGUUCUGGUCAAUCUUUGGGAUCUAGACCACGACAAUGCGUUGAAGUCUUCUUUGCAAACCAUUGCGUCUUUUUUGAACAGACUGGUUUUAAUAUAUCCAAUCGUUGCCGAGAUACAAACCGAAAUCAAGCAGCUUAUUAGUAGCCUCGACGUGGUUACGGACUUUUACCGAACACAUACGUCAGAGUUCCUAAACCAAUCACUGAAUUCAGCAUGGCGCUCAAGUCUUCGUCAACAGGGAAUCCAAGGAGGACAAACCACGUCCAAGUUCUCAUUGCUGGAGUUUCUGCAAAAUCAGAAUAGGUCAGAAGAAUCUGCCUCGACGGAGUAUACGCCAGGUACUGCGGAUCCCGAGCCAUGUAUUCAGACACAGAUAGAUCACAUAGAGGCUCUGAAUAUGGGUGUAUUAGCACCAAAUGCCGAUACAUCUGAUAUGUCAGCUGAGUUUUGGUCUUCCACCCCCUUGGAUAUGGACUUUGGUUCUUAUGAGACACGUGUAGAUCCUUUCUAUCGUAUAUUUGAUGAUUGGGCGCUUACAGCUCUGUCUUAG